AGCUGCCAGAGGGUUACAAUUCAAACGCGGGCCGACCGGCCGCAGCGCUGCAGUUAUAGUCGUGUUCUCCCGAGUUACUGUGUCCCUCCCAGUGCUGCCCGGAUGGCCUCACAGAACCGCGACCCAGCCGCCGCCAGUGUCGCCGCCGCCCGUAAAGGAGCCGAGCCCAGCGGGGGCGCCGCUCGAGGCUCCGUGGGCAAGAGGUUACAGCAGGAGCUGAUGACCCUCAUGAUGUCUGGCGACAAAGGAAUUUCUGCCUUCCCUGAAUCAGACAACCUUUUCAAGUGGGUGGGGACCAUCCAUGGAGCAGCUGGCACAGUGUAUGAAGACCUGAGGUAUAAGCUCUCCCUGGAGUUCCCCAGUGGCUACCCUUACAACGCGCCCACAGUGAAGUUCCUCACGCCCUGCUACCACCCCAAUGUGGACACGCAGGGUAACAUCUGCCUGGACAUCCUGAAGGACAAGUGGUCUGCUCUGUAUGACGUCAGGACCAUCCUGCUUUCCAUCCAGAGCCUGCUAGGAGAACCCAACAUCGAUAGCCCUUUGAACACACAUGCUGCCGAGCUCUGGAAAAACCCCACAGCCUUUAAGAAGUACCUGCAAGAAACCUACGCAAAGCAGGUCUCCAGCCAAGAGCCCUGACCCGGGCUGUCCAGCAUCUCUCUCAUUGUGCUGUCUUUCAUUUUUUUCCUGAGAUGGUCUGUCCUUUCCUUAAUUUCUGUAUAGGACUCUGUAUCUUCAGCUGUGGUGUCAUAUUUGUUUUGUUUGUGUUUUUAAAUUAAGUCUCUGGUUGAACCCCUGUGGUGAAUAUAUUAAAUAAAUACA